GGGAAAUAAAUGGCGUUCAAACGUGGAGACUGGAGCAGUGACAUAGUACAGCCCGUAAACAUUCGAUGGAGUAGAGUGAAUUUGUGGGGCUGUCAUCCGUAGCAUAUCCAGAGGAGAAAGAAAAAAGACACGGAGCCAGAAUCGGGCCCCGACCAGAGUCGCGGAUAUCUUCAACAACCGUUGCUUUUUGUUUUGUUUGUUGUUGUUGGUUGUUUUUUUUUUGCGACGCCGGCGGAUUGACAUGCUCUCAAGAAACACUGAGGGCAAGUAAGAGUUAUUGCAUGUAAACUCACCGGCCUUAGCAAGUCGGCAAAUCACUUUAUGCAUCGGGUUUAGGAUUUAGCUGGAUAGUGCGCCUGACGUGCGGAGAGCAUGGGACUGUGGUGUAGAUUUGGCCAGAGGCGAGCUAGCGUCAGUUAGCACCGACCAGCUAGCUAGCGCCAAUGGUGAUCAACUUUGCUCGCCAACUAUCCAGUUAGCCACCUAGCUUCGUCAGUAGCUAGCUUUGAGUGUUGGGCCCGGUAUUUUAUUGCCCGGCAAGCAGUGUUAUUGUUUUGUUUUUGUUUUGUUUUUUUAUUCAUAUUGCUUCGCGUUUGCCGUUCGCCAUUUAGAUCAUUGGCCUGUUUGUAUAAACGGUAAAUGUGGUCGCAACGGGGGACAUUAUAGCAGCAGCUUAGCCGUUCCUUUAGCUUGCUAUCUUAGCCUGCUUCGCCCAAAUGAAGGAGUACAAAGUUGUGGUGUUGGGAAGCGGCGGCGUCGGCAAGUCCGCGUUGACUGUCCAAUUUGUCACGGGUACCUUCAUUGAGAAAUACGACCCCACCAUCGAGGACUUUUACAGGAAAGAGAUUGAGGUGGACUCGUCGCCCUCCGUGCUGGAGAUUCUCGACACUGCAGGGACAGAACAGUUCGCCUCCAUGAGAGACCUUUACAUUAAGAAUGGACAGGGGUUCAUCCUCGUCUACAGCCUCGUCAACCAGCAGUCUUUUCAGGAUAUCAGACCAAUGCGAGACCAGAUAGUGCGAGUGAAGCGCUUUGAGAAGGUACCAUUGAUCCUGGUUGGGAACAAAGUUGACCUGGAGUCUGAGCGCGAGGUAGCUGGAUCCGAUGGUCGUGCUUUGGCCCAGGAGUGGGGCUGCCCUUUCAUUGAAACCUCUGCUAAGAGCAAGACAAUGGUGGAUGAACUGUUUGCAGAGAUAGUGCGACAGAUGAACUAUUCUACACUACCAGAAAAGCAGGAACAGUGUUGCACAGCCUGUGUGAUACAGUGAAGAAUUGAUGCAUCAUUUGCUGGGAUCACUGCAACCAUUUCCUGUUUUGAUGACCCAAGAGCCUGGGGACAACUUAAGUGCAGCCCCAAUGUUAACAUACUGCAGCUGUCAGUGUUUCCAUUCAAAGGAUUGUUUAAGACGGUCUGCCAUAAACCAUCUCAAAGGAGAGGAGUCUGGCAGGUUUAUGCUAUUUUUUGAUAUGUUCAUUGUAGAGCAAAUUCUGCGGCAAACUCAAUGGCCUUUUCUGUGACCAAGGAUGGAGCUGCUCUGCAAAGUGUAGAAGACAGAGAGGUGGGAAGGGUUAGAAUUGCCAUCUGUGAUUUUUUUUCUUUUUUUUUGAGUAGGAAAUAUUGCUUAAGAAAUAAAGCAGGAGUACUUUGGGGGCUGCAGCUUCCUUUAAAAGCUGCUAAUCAUUUAACCUUAAUACUCAUUUUCAUUUAUAUCAUGUCACAAGUUUGGAAUAUCAUUUUAUGUCAGUAUUACACAAUGAUGGAACAGCUUUGCUUUUAAGCAUACAUACUUCCCUGAUCUCAUCAAGAAUCAACCACAAACACUUGUGGCCACAGUUAUAUAGUCAUUACCGCUCACUUGCUUUGAUUUUAAGAACCUUGUCUAAAAAUUUAACCCCCGACACAUUUUUAACUUUGCCAAUGUAAGCCCUAAUGCUUUGGGCGUGUGUGUGUGUGUGUGUGUGUAUGUAUGUAUGUGUGCGUGCGUGCAAACGCGCAUGUGUGUGUGUAUAUUUUAGGCAUUUAAGUGGCACUCUUAUUUUCAGCAACUUAACAGUCAAUCAAUACAAUCAUUCUGUCCACUAGGUGCCCUCUUGCCCUGAGUCAUACUAUUCAAGGAGUUAUUUUGACUUAUCUAGUACAGCCAAGCACAUAUGGAGGUAUGCAUGCUGAAACCCAAAAAUGCUCUACUGAACUUACUUGAAGUGGCACAGAAGAGCUAAUUUACCCUUUUGGCCUGAAUUAUGACAAACCAGGGGAAACACGAUUGCUGUGCUCUAUUUACAAGGCCUAGAUCCUUUGUGUGCAGGUAUUACAUUUUCGGUAAACUUGAAUGGUCAAAGUGGUGAAUGUGCCUCAAAGUAUGAGAUGACUUUGGAAUUGCUGAAGGAGCUUAGGGUGCAGACCUGCAUUUGGCUUUAUGAGGGCUGUUAAAAAAAAAAAUCCAGCGGAUGCCGACUCUCAUUACUAAGUACAUCCUUAUCCAACUGCUAUGUGUUUUUAACAAAAUUUUGGUCCUGUUCAACAAAUCUAACAUUGUAUUUUCUGUUUGGGAUUUUUUUUCAUAUAACCUAUUUAUUAAAAACUAAUGACAUGGAUAGACAAUUUUAAACAUUUAAUUUUUUUUACUAGCUUUUUUUGCAUUUGUGACUUUUUGAGAUACAGUAUAUUGUUGUUGAAAGUGAGACUUUAACAGAGCCUUAAAUAAUUUCUGUUUCACCCUGGCCUCUUUGUGAUUCUUUCCUUCCCUGAGACAAAUGCCUUUCCACGUUUCUCUCCAUUUUCAUCUAAGAACAAAUUUAAGGUUAAUAUGGUCAAGUGUAAACCUAGCCUACUGAAAUUCAGUGGGGUAGAUAUCAGCAGAGAAGACCAAAUACUGAUCAAGAUAUUGUACAUCUACUAAAGUCCUUGAUACAGUGAAUUAUUUAACUAAACAUUUCUAACCAGUCCUUUCGCGAUAGGAAUACACAGCAUUGGUCAUGGAAUAACAUCUUUCAUUUUAAAGCCAUAUAUUUGGCCAUAAAAUGCACUGAUCAUGUUGACAUUCUUUUUUACUCUAGCAACUGUCUUUAAAAUUGGACAUAACUGUUAAUUCAAUGUCUCAAAAACGGUUGUCACCAUUUGUCUUGUCUAUCCUGCUCAUUGAACUAGUCUUACCUAACUAGCCUCCGCUUUCCUCACCCUCCCCUCAUGCCAGCAGGCCUUUUUUUUUAUUAUUCACCUUUUUAGGAUGGCAUAGGGGUUGAGAUUUGGCACAGACAUGUAUUUUUCCUGCUGCAUCCCUUGGAAUUUUGGGAAUAACCCAGCAAAGCUGUUUAAACAUUUUCUUUAUAAUGUUACAUUUUCACUUUUCUUACAUCAGGAGAUUGUAUAUGGACCUGCUUUCAUAAAAGUUAAAUAUUAAAAACAGUUU